GUGAUCAUCUGUGUGCUGACACUCAUGCUAAAUGUCGAGGGAGGCAAACUGACUUUUUCUACCAGUCAUGACGACCUUGAAAAACUGAAGAGGGGUGCGACGCCAUCCUUAGGAGCGCUACCUCAUCGUAACCAAGCAUACAUCGACCUCCAGGACGAUACAACAGCUACUAGUGACGCCUCUUCUCUGCCAAGCUCCCACAACACAGGUGGUUCACCUAACUGGUCAGCGCCACCUGAUGUAUCGGUGCCACCUGCACAUACCUGGUGGAGUCACCUAUAUGAUGGUUUCCGUAAUCCUUCUCCAGGCACUGCGCUGCGUUCUCCUAAGUCCACUCUAGCUCAGGUGGCUCCUCAAACACAACAUACAAUUCAGUUUUUUACAUGGCUCCAUAGUCCUGAUCCUAGUGUGCAGGAAGAGAAAAUUCUCGUUCCAGUUUCUAGUGAUUCACAUGCCACAAGUGAGCAUUUUCCACUGUUGUACAAGGCUCAGACAUACCAGCCUCCCGAAGGCCAGACACUUGAGUACCCCAUCGAUUCAAAUUUGUCCUUCGAUGUGUCGCAGGAGAGGCCUUCACCGCCUCCCUCUGAAGCCCUCGCUAACUUUGACAAUUCUGAAAGCCUCAGAACCAUAUUGUAUCCUGAAGAGUCUACCAGUAUAGGCUACCAGGAUAGUUCUUCUGAUUCUAAUUUACAUUCCUCCGUUUUUCUGUCCAAUACCAGGAUAGUCUACCCGGAUAGUUCCAUAGAUUUUAAUUUCGACGAAAUCAGUUUUUCCUCAACCACAAGCAGAGUAGUAAAUAAGGGUCAUAGGAAGACAACACCUUCCAAUACCAGGAUAGUCUAUCCAGAUAAGAGUCAUUGGAAUACAACACCUUCCAAUACCAGGAUAGUCUCUCCAGAUAAGGGUCAUUGGAACACAACACCUUCCAAUACCAGGAUAGUCUAUCCAGAUAAGGGUCAUUGGAACACAACACCUUCCAAUACCAGGAUAGUCUAUCCAGAUAGUUCCACGGAUUCUAGCGUACAAGUAAAUACUUUUCCAUCACCAGAUGCAAUGGCAACCGACGUUACCACCACACCAGCCUCCAACACAAACUUCACUACACAAACAUCUAAACCUGCAGAGACAGACAUUAAGAUUAUCAUAGAUGUACCACCCCGCUGUCGCCCCCCAUGUGAGAGGCAAGCUGGGCCAGUCUGUAUAAUCGACCACUUUUGUCUUAGGAUAGGUACAGAUCAAAAACCGGGAUAAAUACAUACUGACAAGGGUCUUAGUCAUAUGACGACUCGCCGUUAGAGCUUUUGGUCAUAUGGCCGAGGCCUUUCGCUGACUUAUCAGUUCACAAAGAAAAAUCUAAAUCCACAUGGUCAUUCAGCAGGGUAAGAAUGACUUAUCUUCUACGUGAACAAUCAAGAUUUGAUCUUGUUUAGCGAUGUACUAUCACUAGAGGGACUAACACCGAAUAUCAUACUCACUAGAAUGACAAAUUACUGAUCAUAUAAUGAGUGAUAAUACGCACCUGUAUCACAGAGACAGCAGACUCCAAGGUUGGAAUAUAGACAAUAAGCCAGCACAUAGUAACUUAAGACACGUAGACAGACCAAACGUUUAUUACAAAAAGCUAUGCUGAUUACAUCAUGAUCCAUACAACAGGGCAUAAGUAACAUGGAAUUGACUAGGCCUCAUAUCAUCCAAGACUAAGAUACUGUGCUGAAAAAACAAAUGACAUGCCCCCCCCCCCAUUUGUCUGCAGAGUGAAAACAUCAGCUACGUUAAUUACAGAUACAUUGCUAUAGAAAUAACCUUCAGUAAAUCAACUAAAAAAGAAAAACUAGGUUACAUGCUCUGAGAGCUAUUGUUGGCUACAACCUCAGCUAUGGUGAGAAUGAUGGGCACAGCCUACACAAGCUCUUAUAUUAUUGAUCAGCUAACAUUAACAUGGGCGCAGCAUAUAGAAGAUUAUCUCCAGCCCUUAGAGCUAAUGCCAAACUAACCCCUCAGAAUUGUUCUUAGCUGUUCUUACACUAUCAGAACGUUCUUAAUUUAAUGAAUGAUUAUUAUUAUUAUAAUCAAGGGGAAGCGCUAAACCCGGAGGAUUAUACAGCGCCUGGGGGGAUGUGGAAGGCAUUCAGGCUUAAUUCGGGGAACUGGAGCACAGAUCCAAUUCCCUAAAUCAAGAGCCCUCACCAACAUCAAGGAACCUUCCUUGAGGGGAAUUUAAUGAAUGAGCUUGGUAUUUCUAGUAUUAGUGAUGGGAUAAUUGAGAUAGAACCGAACUUGACAUCAUAAACCCUUAUAAAUGUCUAGAAAUAAAUCUAAAUGGAUUUUCAAAACAGAAUUAUGUUUCAUAAUCUACAUGAACUGUAUCACUGUAGAAAACAAGAACAUUUCACCUCAUAAUUAUAACCUUAAUUUUUAAAGGAGUGGAGGAGUAAGCCAGCUGAAGGUCUCUGUCAGAUGACGAAAAGCUUCAGCCGCAGGUCAUCCUACGACUAACACCCACGUCAGGAAACACUUGUCAUGUUUCCUGAUAAACCUCACCUAAUUUCACCUUGCCACGGGAGUUUCAUUUAUCUUAGCGCCCCUCACAGGAAUCUCGUCACUAAUAUUCCCUUAAAUUACUCGCAGAGGCAACUGCUCAAUUAGAAAUUUCACGCUUAACUGUUCAUAAUUAUACAUUACACACUCGAAAGAUCACUUCCACACGAGCAAUCACUGAGAAAAAACGCUAAACACGUAUGGGUCACAAUGCUUCAUUAUUUUUUUAGUAUAGUUCUAUUAUAUUCACAUUUUUUUUUGCUUUCAUUAUUGUAAUAAUGUUGGUAGAAUUACCGACAAUAUGCUAUGUAAAGGGACACAAGUGCAGCUAAUGUGACACUGAGGCAACGUUUCGCUCUCCAUGAACUUUGUCAAGCCGUUAUAUUGUGUCUGGAUUACCCCAAAAAUUCUGGAUCUCUUGGAAUGUUACUUGAGUCUUGCCCUUCCAAGAAGGGCAAGACUUCUGACCUUCCAAGAAGGGCAAGACUUCUGACCUUCCAAGAAGGGCAAGACUCUUGACCUUCCAAGAAGGGCAAGACUCUUGACCUUCCAAGAAGGGCAAGACUCUUGACCUUCCAAGAAGGGCAAGACUCUUGACCUUCCAAGAAGGGCAAGACUCUUGACCUUCCAAGAAGGGCAAGACUCUUGACCUUCCAAGAAGGGCAAGACUCUUGACCUUCCAAGAAGGGCAAGACUCUUGCCCUUCCAAGAAGGGGCUUCGAUGCUGGCGAGAACCUCUUCAUCCAAGGAAGUGGAGGUACACACUUGUUUGGAUCAAACCUGAUUAAGUUCACUUCUGAUCAAGGUCCCAGGACCGAAACGUUUCCUAAUAAAUAUGUUAUAGUGUUUGCUUACGUGUCUUUCUAAACCAACUUGUCGGUAUUUAUUACCAAGGUUUAUACCAAGUUCACUUCUCUCCAGUCUUGCAUGGCCUCUACGAAUAUAUUUCUUCCACAUGAAUGUAAUUAGUAAUAAAAAUAAAAGUAUAAUGCUAAUGAGGGUAAUAAUGGAGUAGGAUGUUGGGCAGAAGCCAGACAAAAUAUAAAAUAAAAAAAGUUUAUGUAUAUCAAUGGUAUAUUUACUAACAAGUAUUUUUAGACAAAUAUGCUGCUUAUGGUAUUUUAUUAUUCUCAAUAAAACAGAAUAAUAAAACACCAUAAACCGUAUAUUGUCUUAAAACGAAAUUUCAUUUAAUAAAUACUUACCUAAAGGCGGUAAGACAGUAAUAAAUCCAAUAAAAAUAAUUCUAAUAUUAUUUACGUUACUUUUAAUAAUUCCCAACAACAUUAAGGGGCACUUAAGUUCCCCAGUCUUCCAAUAACAUUAUUUUUUGCAUUAUAAUCUGAGCUUUGCCCAGAUUAUGGGGGGAACUUACGUGCCUCUUAAAGUUCAGCACAGCUGUUAUUCGAAGUGUAGUGAGGAUAU